ACCCCCCCCGUGUCCAUCCCAGUCCCCUCCUGGGACCCCUUUCUCCAUCACCCCCCGUUCUCCAUCCUCUUCCCUUCUCCCCACUGUGGCUCCCCCUGGUCCCAACUUUUCCAUCCCGGUCCUUCCCAGGAUCCCCUUAUCUCACCCCGGUCCUUCCUGGGACAUCCUUGUCCAUCCUGGUCCCUCUGGAACCCUGCUGUCCAUCACCAUCCCCCAGUGGUCCAUCCUGGUCCCCUUCUCUCCGUUGUGGUCCCUCCUGGGACACCCCAGUCCCUCCUGGAACACCCCUGUCCAUCCUGGUCCCUCUGGGACACGCCAAUCCCUCCUGGGACCCCCCUGUCCCUCCUGGGACACCCCUGUCCACCCUGGUCCCUCGAUGGACACCCCUGUCCAUCCUGGAACACCCCUGUCCAUCCCAGUCCCUCCUGGGACACCCCUGUUCAUCCUGGGACACCCCUGUCCAUCCCAGUCCCUCCUGGGACACCCCUGUCCAUCCCAGUCCCUCCUGAGACACCCCUGUCCACCCUGGUCCCUCCUGGGACACCCCUGUCCAUCCUGGAACACCCCUGUCCAUCCCAGUCCCUCCUGGGACACCCCUGUUCAUCCCAGUCCCUCCUGAGACACCCCUGUCCACCCCUGUCCCUCCUAGGACAUCUCUGUCCAUCCCAGUCCCUCCUGAGACACCCCUGUCCACCCCUGUCCCUCCUAGGACACCCCUGUCCACCCUGGACACCCCUGUCCCUCCUGAGACACCCCUGUCCCUCCUGGGACACCCCUGUCCAUCCUGAUCCCUCCUGGGACACCCCUGUCCCUCCUGGGACACCCCAGUCCCUCCUGGGACACCCCUGUCCAUCCCAGUCCCUCCUGGGACACCCCUGUCCCUCCUGGGACACCCCAGUCCCUCCUGGGACACCCCUGUCCAUCCCAGUCCCUCCUGGGACACCCCUGUCCCUCCUGGGACACCCCAGUCCCUCCUGGGACACCCCUGUCCAUCCUGAUCCCUCCUGGGACACCCCUGUCCCUCCUGAGACACCCCUGUCCACCCUGGGACACCCCAGUCCCUCCUGGGACACCCCUGUCCAUCCUGGGACACCCCUGUCCAUCCCAGUCCCUUUCCUGGGACACCCCUGUCCCUCCUGGGACACCCCUGUCCAUCCUGAUCCCUCCUGGGACAUCCCUGUCCAUCCCAGUCCCUUUCCUGGGACACCCCAGUCCCUCCUGAGACACUCCUGUCCAUCCUGAUCCCUCCUGGGACAUCCCUGUCCAUCCCAGUCCCUCCUGAGACACUCCUGUCCAUCCUGAUCCCUCCUGGGACACUCCAGUCCCUCCUGGGACACCCCUGUCCCUCCUGGGACACCCCUGUCCACCCCAGUCCCUUUCCUGGGACACCGCUGUCCCUCCCGA